GACUUGUUUUGAAAGUAGACAAUAUUGGCGUGACGGACUGUGAGCUGAAAAAAAGUUCGUCUGCCCAUCGGGGCUUCGUCUUCUGGUCGGAGAAUUGAUUGGAGCGGUGCGUUCUAUGGUGUCAGCGUGGACGAUAGGUCAACCACUAUAAGGAAGAGAGAGAGAACACGCGAUUAAUUGAAGUCUGAAAAACCCUAACUUUGCCUUUGAUCGGGGACGUGGGGGCCUAUAUAAUUGAAUAAUCUCAAAUGGGUUAUUACUUGACCGAGGUAAUUUCUUCUUGAGACUAUUGUUUGUUGAGAAGAACAUACAUUGCCUUCCAUUAUGAGUCGACUUACUACAAGAGGUAAGAACAAAAGACAUCGGAAGGAGGAUGAUACUCUUGUUACUAAUGAAAUUUUCAGGAGAAUUCACUCAAUUGGUACUGUUACGGAAGAGGAUGUGAAUAACCUGUACAUGUUAUUGAAGCCUGUCUGUCAUGGUUGUCGAGUCAACACCAAGGACAACCCUAAUUGCUUUUGUGGACUGGUUCCACCUCCUAAUGGGAGUAGGAAAUCUGGCUUGUGGCAGAAAACAUCUGAACUUUUCACAUCAAUGGGUUCAGACCCAUCCUGUGAUCUGCGCUCUUCCACCGACAUACCAGCGGGCCUAACAAAUAUGGGUGCAACUUGCUAUGCCAAUAGCAUACUACAGAGCUUGUAUAUGAAUAAGAGAUUUAGAGAAGGUAUUUUCGCUGUGGAGCCAGAUGUCUUAGAAAGACAACCAGUGUUGGAUCAACUUUCUAGACUCUUUGCUCAGCUGUGUGUUAGUAAAAUGACGAUUAUAGAUUCAGGCCCAUUUAUCAAAGCCCUAGAGCUGGAUAAUGGUGUUCAACAAGACAGUCAUGAGUUUCUUACCUUGUUUUUCUCUCUGCUGGAGCAAUGCUUGAGCUGUUCAAGAGUUCCUAACGCUAGAACAAUUGUUCAAGAUCUUUUCCGUGGAAGUUUAUCGCAUGUUACAACGUGCUCAAAAUGUAGGAAGGAGUCUGAAGCUUCUUCAAAACUUGAAGAUAUUUAUGGGCUGGAGUUGAAUGUAAAGGGAUUGAAGAGCUUAGAGGAAAGUUUAGAUGAUUACUUCAAUGUAGAAAAGCUUGAAGGAGAUAAUCAAUAUUAUUGUGAGUCAUGUACUGGCCGAGUUGAUGCUACACGUAGCAUUAAGUUACGUUCCUUGCCACCUGUUCUGAAUUUUCAGCUCAAACGCUGUGUAUUUCUUCCCAAGACUACAACAAGGAAGAAAAUAACCUCUGCCUUUUGUUUUCCUGAAAAACUGGAUAUGAAGUGCCGUAUGUCUGAACAUAGUCAAUUGGAAUUAAUAUAUGAAUUGGCGGCUGUCCUUAUUCACAAGGGUCCUGCUGUAAAUACUGGUCACUAUGUUGCACAUGUUAAGGAUGAGAAUACAGGGAUGUGGUGGGAAUUUGAUGAUGAUCUUGUUUCAAGCUUAGGUGGACAUCCUUUUGGAGGAAGCUCUUCUGCUGCUAAACCUGUUUCAAAUGAUUCAGUUUCCCAUCAAUCUGGCUCUGAGAAAUUCGAUACUCUACCAUAUAAGAAACACACAGAUGCUAUUGAUUCAAAAUCUUCAGAAUCUAAUGGUAGUUCUGUACAGAUGUUUUCAUCAAAUGAUGCAUAUAUGUUGAUGUAUAUUCUUAGGCAAUCAAAGCAUGGUGAAAAAGGUACUAAAAAGGUUUCUCCAGAUGAUGCUUCACUUCCACCUCAUAUCUAUGAAGAGAUAACACAAUUCAAUGCUUUAUUUACGAGUUCUUGUGAAGAAUACAAGUCCAAGAAGGAAAUUUUGUUAAAUGCUAUCACUCAACAACGACAAGAGGUGCGAUUAGUUCUUUUAGAAGCUCCAGUUCGGUCAACUGAAGAACCGUUUUUCUGGAUUUCUACUGACUGGCUUCGUCAUUGGGCUGACAACAUCACCCCCGUGACAAUAGACAAUUCCUCUAUCCAAUGUUGUCAUGGAAAAGUCCCAGUAUCGAAGACUGGGUUAAUGAAGCGUUUGUCAGCCAAAGCUUGGACCACACUGUACUUGAAGUAUGGUGGGGGUCCAGUGUUAUCCAACAAUGAGUACUGUGAAACUUGUCUCUUGGAUUGUGCUCAUAGCAUGGCCUCUGCUGAUACCUACAGAGAUCGAAAAGGACCACUUGUCGAACUAGCAGAGGCAGCAAUGGCAGGGAAUUGUAAGGGUGGACCACUGUACUAUGUCUCCAAAAUUUGGUUGCAACAGUGGCUACGUAGGAAAAACACAGAUUCUCCCUGUGAAGCUGACACUGGACCAACCGCUCCAAUCAAAUGCCCCCAUGGGGAACUCAUGCCUGAUCAAGCAACUGGUGCAAAGCGUGUGGUGGUUCCUGAGAAUCUGUGGCUUUUCUUCUAUGACAUUGCUAAUGAAGUAAAGCCUGAUGAUCUCUCAGGCUGUUACCCUUUUCCAUCCAAUUCUAAGCCAUGUGGUCAGUGCAGCUUGGAACUCUCAGAAGUGGCAUCCUUGGAAGAUAAUCUCAGAGAGUUCAAACAGAAGCAACGACAAAAUCAUGAGAGACUAGUUCUGGGAAAAGGUUUAAUACUUGUUCCGCAUCAGAUAUACUACUUAUUGCCUUCUUCAUGGUUGGUCAAAUGGAAAAGCUACGUGACUGCUAGUGGGAAGGCUGCUUCUGCUUUUGCAGAACCGGAAAAUUUCAAAGAUGUUAUUGAUUCGUUGAAAUGUCAAAAGCAUUCAAGACUUAACCAAAGGCCUCCUGAUCUAAUAUGCAAACGUGGUGUGGUCCAGCAGAAGUCACCAAGUGUAGAUGGCAUCACAAUCAUUACAGAAAAUGACUGGAAAUUAUUCUGUGAAAUUUGGGAUUGCUCAGUAGAAGAUGGCGUAUCUGCUGAAAUUGAAGAAUCACUGGAUUCUUGUCCAGAUUUUCCUAUAUCCGUUGAGAAUUACUCUGCACCUCAUGAGACUAACGGGGAGAUUGAAUUGAUCCCGCCUGUAUUAAAGACUUCUCCAGUGGUUUGUGGUGACUGCAUCAGUGACAGAGAAAGUUGUGAGCUGAUGAAGAAACUUAAUUAUUACAAUGAGGAUAUUUGUGUAUGUUUUAUCCGUGGCAAGGAACAACCCCCAAAAUCGGUUUUGGAAGCUUCUACUCCUCUAGAGCCUGAUCGAAGGACAUCCAAGCGUUCUAGGAAGACUGCAUUUGGAAACUCAAUAAAUCUGAAUGUUUCUGGUUCAACAUCAGUCUAUCAAUUGAAAAUGAUGAUAUGGGAAUCUUUUGGGGUUGUGAAGGAAAACCAAAUACUGCACAAGGGUUCAAGAGUGAUUGAUAAGGAAUCUGCUACACUUGCUGAUUUGAAUAUAUUCCCUGGAGAUAUUCUUUGGGUCAAAGAUUCAGAAGUUCAUGAGAACAGGGAUAUUGCAGAUGAAAUUGUUGGUGAUAAGUUGGGAGUGGAGAAGGCGGAAGAGGGUUUCCGAGGAUCAUUGUUGACGUCAAAUACAUCAUCAUCAACCCAGGUCAUUCAAGAAGAGGCAGAGGUCAUUCAAGAAGAGGCAGAAAAGGCAGAAGAGACAGAAAAGGCAGAAAAGGCAGAAGAGGCAGAUGCAUGCCUCGAAUGAUUCGGAGGCAUUGGUUUUUAUUACAGUUGAGUAUGGCGGGUGACCUGACAAGUAACUUGAGCUGUGGUGUUGGUUGGUUGGAUGGCUUCUUCAACGAACGAGAAAAAUUGUGUCUUAGUUUUGAUUAUUAGACACUUAGUUUCGUUUUUUAUUUUUAAUUUUGCGUUAAUCUCAUCCUUUUGGAAGGAAGACAAAAAUGGUGGUUUUUUGAAUCGGCAGGGUAUUAUUUUGGAUUUUGUUAUUAUUUACUAUUGGUUGCAUUGCAACAAAGUGAACAAUAAUUUUGAUGGUUUAGUAUUAAUAUUGUCACUUAUUUCUAUUCAUUUUCUUUA